CUUCUUGAUAGGCUCAUUUCCUGACAACCACACCGAUCCACUACAGCCGCCGAGCUGCUGGACGGGGAGACGAAAACACCGACUCGGUUCUACUUUCCUUCAGCUGACGGUGUUACCUUCGGUGACAGUCAGAACCUGAUGAUUGUGCCCCAACUCACUCGCAGAGGCGUGAUAAACUCUCAUCUGUAUGCCCACCUGAAGAGGCCCCAGGUUAGCCAAGACAUGGCCAGACCCAGUUCAGACCUGGCAGCAUUCAGGAAGAUUUUCUCCAAUGCCAAGAAUAUAGCCAUCAUCACCGGAGCAGGGGUGAGUGCAGAGAGUGGCGUCCCCACCUUCAGAGGAGCAGGGGGCUACUGGAGAAAAUGGGAAGCACAGCAACUUGCCACCCCAGAGGCCUUCUCCAGGAAUCCCUCUCGUGUUUGGGAGUUUUACCACUACCGCCGCGAGGUCAUGCUCACAAAAAAUCCCAACCCCGCCCACCUGGCCAUUGCAGAGUGCGAGGAGCGACUGAGCAAACAAGGGCGUGAGGUUACAGUCAUCACUCAAAAUAUCGACGAGCUCCACCGCCGCGCCGGAUCCAAAGCCAUCCUGGAAAUCCACGGAAGUCUGUUUAAAACACGCUGUAUGAGCUGUGGUCAUGAAGCAGCCAAUUACAAGAGCCCCAUCUGUGCUGCUCUGGAGGGAAAAGGAGCUCCAGACCCAGACACGGAUGAAGCCCAGAUCCCUGUUCAGCAGCUGCCCAGGUGUGAGCAGACAGGCUGCCACGGUCUCCUGAGACCAGCUGUGGUUUGGUUUGGAGAGACUCUGGACUCAGACAUCCUCACCCGUGCAGAGAAAGUGUUGGACAGCUGUGACCUCUGCCUGGUGGUUGGCACUUCAUCAGUUGUGUAUCCAGCAGCCAUGUUUGCUCCUCAGGUGGCAGCCAGAGGAGUCCCUGUGGCCGAAUUCAACAUGGAAAACACACCAGCCACCAUGCGCUUCAAGUUCCACUUCCAUGGCCCCUGUGGGACCACAUUGCCCCCAGCGCUGGCACCCCACGAGACUGAGCAAAGUUAAAAAUGAGGCUGGAUGUCAGCUGCACACAGGCCAGACUGUCUAACACUGGAGGACUUUAUUGGUGCAAAUAAAAUAACGGGUUGAAUAUAAUAUCCAACAUGAACAGCGUGGGGACGGGAGUCACCAGAAAUAAGGCCAACAAAUCGAAAAACAUAACGGAAACUGUUCAAACUGUUGCACAGAUACAAUGUAUAAUGAAGAGUAAAUCAACUAUAUUAUAUAUAGUUACACACAUACACACAGAACUUUGGGCAUUUAAAUUCAAGUGGAUACAUUUUGUCUUUGUGGCCUCUAGCUCCAGUUGUGUAUUUUAAUUUGUGGCAAAGGAGACAUUUUUCUACAUGAGUAUCGAACACGACAACAAAAAGUGCUACGAUUCCAAAUCAUACCAGUUCUCUGGUGAUUGCUGCCACCAUUAAAUUUAUCACUGUGAAACUUGUGUUUCCACCAGUCCUUGAAAAAUGAUUAACUGUGCUGUUUAUAAAAGGCAAAGUUGAAAAAGAAACAAAUAGCUGAGACUACAGAUUCAAUACGAUCAAGUCAGCCAACUUUAUCACCCCUGUAGCAUUGGAUGCAUCGUGAAUGUGUGGCAGUAGGGGGCAGUGUUUAGCUGCUGUUGUGUAGACUGCUACACCUCCAGUAAGGAGUAAAAAGCUGACGCCUUCCAAGGGGGCUGUGCCUGAGAUAUGUGGUGAGGAUAUGUGUUUGUGUUUGUGUCUCUGUGUGUGUCAAUUCAGUGUUGCCUGAAUUUAUGUACUGUGAUGAAUUCUGCGUAUGAUGCCUUCCAGUGGCCACGAGUAAUCUACAGUUAAAUCAGGGAAACCAGUGACUGUGCAUUCCCUCAUGAGUCAUGAGGAGAUGAAGGAGGGUGUUAAGGUCUGGACAUGAUUGAAGCAACAUAUGAAAUAAAUACAUGCUCUUAUAAACUGAAGAGUGUCU